CCAGGUCUUAAAACCAGAAGAUUGCCCUGUGGGUCUCAUGACGUUCCUGGAAAAUAAAAGAAGUGAAUAUUAUUGGGCUGAGUUCAUCAGACACUCAGCCCUCCCUUUUGUAUGCCGGUGGUUCUGAAGACAGCAGGCAGCAACUCAGCCAAGUCUGAACCAUCAAAGGCAAUGGCCUGGUUGCAGUGCUGGGAGAUGUUGCUUCUCCUGCAGACAGAUUCGGAGCCCAGUACCUUGGACUCCCAGUCUUCGACCACCUUGUUCCUCUCCUCGGAGGAGCCAGGCCCCUCCACCGCUGCCCUGCCGUCUCCCUCCUCCUCUUCCUGCGAGCCCCAGGUCUUUUCCCCAGGCCCGACAGUGCUGCCCCCGCUACUGCCUCCGCUCCCCUCAGCCUCGGCGCCCCCGGGCUCCGGCGCCUCCCGGCGCACAGGCCUCUACUCAGUCGUCGCCUCCUCCCCGGAGACCUCCACGCGUCUGGUCGAGUGGCUUCCUGGCUGCCCCUCAACCACCUCUCCUGGCACACGCGGAGAUGACAAGGAGCGGCCGCUGCCCGUCCUGGCACCGGCCGAGGGCCCGGAAAGGAGCCGCGCCCCGCACCCCAGCACAGCGGGCAGCGAGGAGGGCACCGUGGACGCGAGUACAUCCCCGCCGCCCCGCGCCCGGCCCGCCGCUGUGGCGAGCUUGGAGGCCCACGUCGGGGACAUCCUGGUGGAGCUGCGGACCAUGAACGGCCACUUGGACAUCAUAGCGCGGGCUCUCACCAAACUGGCUUCGUCCCUGGGGCCCCAGCCUGAGCCCCUGCCAGAUGCUCCGGAUGCCAACUAAUGGAGCUCGGCGAGGCUGGGCCGCCACGGGGCCAAGGCAUCGCGUGCACCAGGCAUCCCUGCCUGUCCUUCCCCAGCAGCGAAGCUGCGCCCGGCGGAGGAGCGGUUGAUCUGCGCAGCUGCUUAGGGGAACGCACGGCCCUCGCGCUUCAACGUGAAACAGACCCGGUUGCGCCUCACACCCUCCUCCUCCUCGGCUCUCUCAAGGCGGUCCCUGCCCCGGCUUCCUGGCCCUUCACAUGCCCUUCUCUUGUCUUGAUCUCCUAGCAGAAAAAGUGCCUGGAGACGGCGGUGGCACCCUGCGAAGUAUGCUUAGAGAAACACUCUUUCCCAUCCCAUUCCUGUGACUUCCGUAUGGCGUGGAGGGAGAGGAGCUCAAAGCAUGUCACCAAAGCAGCAGCGAGGCCAGCUCCAGCCUUCCUCCCUGGCGGUGUUGGUGGGGCAUCCAUCUCUGGUGACGUUCACAAGUUUGUUUGUUUUUAAAAUCGUUUUUGGAAAAAUACUUUUUUUCUCAUAACCACAUUUCAAGAAGUUUGGAAAAUAGAGAAGUGAAACAAAAUCUGGUGUAUUUGGGGAAAAGGGGGGGGGGUAUUUAAGUCUUUCUUAUGAGUAAGAAAGUAUUUUGUGUAAUAAAAAAAAUUUUAUAUCCAC